GUCCACGCGACCGAGAUCAUCUUUGAGCAAUUCCUGGGCGGCAAGGACUUUAAGCAUGUGGCAGCUGUCGACACGGAUCCGGACUCCCAGAGGUUCAUCACCUUGAAUUUCGCCCCAGCCCAUUACUUCAGACGCAUCGGGUUGCUCGGAUGUGACAAAGCCCAAUACUCGACCAAGCUGGCUGGUUGCCAGCAGUGCGGAGACGAACCCUGCGGCAGCUACGAUGACAUGAUGAACUGCGACAUGAUGAUUUGCGGCUUCCCAUGCCCGCCGUUUUCGGCGCUCAACGCUGCCGUCCACGAUCGUGGAUAUCGAUUCUGGCAACAUCCGCAGGGAGGUGUCAUUGUGGAUCUCGCGUGGUGGGUCAACGUGACUAUGAAUGGCGUUGGGCCCAAAAUCAUUAUUCUGGAGCAAGUGCCCGGCAUCAAGAACACGAACAAGUCUUCGGGGCACGCGCCGCUGAAAUACAUCCUUGAGGGCGUGGCUUUCAACUACAAGCGGAACGUUGCCGAUGACGCCAUUGAUUUCAAGUAUGGGUUGAAGCAUUGGAAGGAAUAUGUUUUGGUUAAGGACGCAGACCUCGACUACAUCGUUGUCAACGCUUGUAGCAUGGGGCUGCCGAUUUUACGCACGAGGUUGUUCUUUAUCUUGAUCCGCAAAGACUUCUACGAAGAUAGCAUCGGCGUCAACAUCCGGGACAUGCUGAACAUCGCCCAGAUGCACCCCUUGCGCCAGAUGAAAUUGCAGGACUUCGUCGAGGAAACGCCCCCUCUUCAAGCUACCAAGAGAAGGAGAUCGACUGCAAAGCCAAUGUCGGACGUCGCCGCCAAGCAGUCCAAUGAGUACCGUGCCACCUUCAAUCUUCCCCACCUGAGCGAUGGGAUCCAGUCUAAGAUAGCAGUUGCAGAUGGCGAGCUCCCUGCGCGCGAGGCGGACAUCGUGAACGUGUUGGG